CUUGUCUUUUUCACCCCCCUCUUACAAAUUCCAUCUCAUCUCGCGCUUUCACUUCAGAGCCCUCAUUGCUAGACUUUAGGCCCGCCUUCUACAUUCAAGCACAGAAACACGACAGAAUGUCGAUCGAUCAUUCUCACACCGCCUUUAUCAUGGUUGACUCCCAAGCCGGAGCGCUCGACAAUCCCUUCUGGGGUACCGCGCGCAGCAACCCUUCCUACGAAGCUAAUAUCAUCAAGCUCCUCAAAGCCUUUCGCUCCCUUCAAGGCGAGGACGGACCUCGCAUCCUCCACGGCCCUGCCGGCCCUCACAUCGUGCACGUGUACCAUCGCUCCUUGAACCCAGCCUCACCGCUGCACUCCACUUCCCCAGGGAUGUCGUUCCACGAUAUCUCUCAUCCAGCAGCCCAUGAAACAGUCUUCCCAAAGACGACGAACUCCGCAUUCCAGGGGAGCGAUCUGGGUGAGUAUUUGAGGGCUAAGAAGUGUUGGAAGAUCUAUUUUGCUGGGUUGAGCGUCGAUCUUUGCUUGGGGACGACGGUGAGACAUGCGAGUGAUUUGGAUGUCGGCAAGCAUGUUGAUGAGAAGGGGGAGACUGUUCCGGGCCAGCUGAUGUUGAUUGAGGAUGCGACUGCGGCUUGGGCAAAGCAUGGGGGAAAGUACGAUGCUGACACCGUGCACGGUGUUUCUGUGGAGAGUUUGAAAGGGGAAUUUUGCAGGGUUGUUACGACGGAGGAGGUGUUAAAGGAAUUAGGGAUUCAUGAGGGGGAGGUUUUGGAGAUGUAGUGUUGUCAGGGGUUGAACGUUUCAAGAGGUAUUAGAGUUAUCAAAGUUAGGCCUUUCUUAAGCCAUGUCGUUUUUACAUGAGCCUAUCGUAGUCAGCUCCUAGAUAUUGUUAUCUUCUUAUUUUGGAAUUAGCCCGAAUAUUUUUGGGAACCAAUCUGGUUGUCUUCUGUACCUUUUCAACCCCGGUGGUUUUUUUUGUCUUCGGAGAAGACUGCA